AUGUCUACUGACGCUGCCACGGCUACCAACACCAAGGCUGAAAUCGCCGUAUCCUACGCUGCUCUUAUUCUUGCCGACGAGGGCAUCGAAUGCACUCCCGAGAAGCUUGAAACCUUGCUUCAAGCCGCCAAAGUCGAGAACGUCGAACCCAUCUGGACUACGCUCUUUGCCAAAGCCUUGCAAGGUAAGGAAGUCAAAGACAUCCUUACCGCCAUUUCGACUUCCGCACCGGAGGUCGGACGCAUACAAGCCGCCGUGGAUGAGCAGAACCAGGACAAGUCCACCGAAGGCACUGAAACUGUCGACGGCGGUGACGGUGACGACAGCGACAUGGAAGGUGGCAUGUUUGAUCUCUUUGGUUAA